CUGUGAUCUAUGAUUCAGUAUAAAUGUUUUGGAGUCGUCGUGUCAUUCUUUGCUUCGUUAACAACAGCAACGAUACAGCAACAAUCAAUUGAGAUCCAACAUAUCCGAACUAUACUCGACAUUCUCAGCCGCCAUGCCUUCAGACUCAGUCGUUUACCACUACCUUGCCAUUGGCAAACUUGGCCGCGGAGAAGUUCUCAAGCUAUUCUUGAAGGAUGCCGGCAUUGACUUCAAGGAGCUUCGUUAUACUUACCCCGACACAUGGCCAGAGACCAGCGAGAAGUUGAAGCAGCAGGGCAUCACCCGCACUGGAAGCCUUCCUUCUCUUGAGUACAAGGGUCUCAUUCUCACUCAGCAUAUCCCAAUUCUUCGUUUCCUCGCUCGAGACCUCGGCAAGUAUGACGGUCAGACGAACGAGGACAAGUAUUUGGUAGAUGCAGUAGCCGAUAUCUACAUCGAUUGGAGAUCCCAAUGGGUUGCCAACCUCAGUGGAGCAACCGACGAGUACAAGAACAAAUUCCUCCCCAAGUACUACGAUCUUAUUGCGCAGUACUACUCGGACCGCGAAGGUCCUUACCUUCUCGGUAAUGAAGUCAGCUACACCGACUUUGCCAUCUACCAGUCUAUCGACAACGACACGCGAACCAAGACCAUCCCUUCUAAAAUUCCCGAUGUUCUUCUCAAGUUCAAGGAAGUCUUUGAGGCUAGACCUAACAUUGCUGAGUACAUCAAGUCGGAGUGAGAUUAGCCAUGGUUCCGGUGACCGAAGACAUCUUCUGGGGGCACUUAGACCAAGUUUGUCAAUAGAAGUAUAACUCAAUUUGUAUCUAUGUCCUCGUUAAUCACUUGUGACAAUGAAAGUAGCAUGGCCCCAUUCCCUUUCAGCCCUAGAAUCAGCCUUUUGGAGCUACC